CUCUCUCUCUCUCUCUCUCUUGGUCUUUCUCCCUUUCUCCUCCAGAGUAGCAGCAUCAGAGGAAAGUUCCAUCUGAGAGCAGUGGUGCUGACGGCUGCAGGGAGGACAGCGAGCGGCUGCUAGACUACUUUGCCGUGAAGAGCAGAGCAGAGCAAGCAGGAGUGGGAGAGAGAGGACACAGCAGCACAGCACAGGAGCCUCAGCCUCGUACCUCAAGGAGACAAAAGGCCCUGAGAGUGGCAAAGAGAAAGAGAGGGAGAUAAAGAGGUAGGGACAGAGAGAGGGAGAGAGAGAAAGAGAAAGAAAGAAAGAAAGAAAGAAAGAAAGAAAGAAAGAAAGAAAGAAAGAAAGAAAGAGAAAGAGAGAAAGAAAGAAAGAAAGUGGGACAGAAAAAGAGACAGAGAGGAGUGAAGAAAGGGGGAGAGAAAAAGAGUGCAAAAGAGAGGGAGAGACGGAGAGAAAAGGAGUCAGUCGGACGGGUGAAGGAAAAAGGAGGAACAACACAGAAAAGAGAGGGGUCUCUCAGAGGCGGAGGGAGAAUGCCUGGUGCUGUGUGUCCCUGCGUGCUGCUGCUGCUGCUGGCUGUGCUGAGUGGCUGGAUCCCGCUGCGGGGGGCUCAGGCCCAGGAGCUGCAGGAGCAGGAUGCCCUGUGCAAUGCCGAGGGCUGCUACGCCGUCUACAUCCAGCGCAAGACCUUCCGCGACUCCUGGCGCACGUGCCGGGAGAAGGGCGGCAAUCUGGCCAGUGUGAAGAGCGAGGAGGAGGCCGCGUUGAUCCACGAGCUGCUGUCGGCGCCGCGCCGCAACCCGCGCGCCCGUGUCCGCCUCUGGAUCGGCCUGCAGCGCCAGCCACGCCAGUGCUCGGCCACCAAGCCGCUGCGGGGCUUCGCCUGGACCAACGGCGACCAGGACACGGAGUACACCAACUGGCAGCGCGAGGACCAGCCCAGCACCUGCUCGGCGCCGCGCUGCGUGGUCAUGACGCAAAACACGCUGGACAAGUCGCGCAGCGGCCAGGACAACUUUAAGUGGCUGGACGGCUCCUGCGGCCUGGCCGUGGACGGCUUCCUCUGCCGCUUCCCUUACCGUGGCAUGUGCCAGCCGCUGACCGACGAGGGGGCAGGAGCCCCACUCUACACCACACCCUUCAACCUGGCCAGCACCCUGCUCACCCACGUGCCCUUCGGCUCUGUGGCCAAGGUGCCCUGCCCCGAGGGUACCAAGGAGGACCAGUCCGUGCUUUGCACAGAGCACGAGGGCAUCGUGAGCUGGUCUAGGGGUGGCCCGUAUUGCUCCGACGAAGAGCCCAACUGGUGCGAGCAGGAGAACGGGGGCUGCGAGCACUUGUGCCUGAAGGCGGACGGCCACUACUACUGCGCCUGCCGGGCCGGGUUCGAGCUGGCGGAAGACGGCCAGAGCUGCAUGGUGCUGGAGGAGGACGAGGAGGAGGAGGAGGUGGUGGAGGAGGAGCAGCCAAUAGACCCGUGCGAGGGCGCGCCGUGCGAGUACCACUGCGAGCCCACGGGCACGGGCCGUCAGAGCGGCUACCGCUGCACGUGCGCGCACGGCUACCUGCUGGCGCCCGACGGCCGCAGCUGCGUCGACAUCGACGAGUGCCAGCAGGCGCCGUGCCCGCAGCUGUGCGUCAAUGCGCCGGGCACCUUCGAGUGCCGCUGCCUGGAGGGCUACCGGCCCGACGAGAACGGCGACUGCGUGGACGUGGACGAGUGCCUGGAGGACAGCUGCGAGCAGAUCUGCGUCAACACGGUCGGUUCGUUCGAGUGCCACUGCGCCGACGGCUACACGCAGGUGCCCGAGGACCCGGUGCGCUGCCAGGACGUGGACGAGUGCGAGAGCGCCUCCAGCUGCGGGCAGGUGUGCCGCAACUACCAGGGCGGCUUCGAGUGCCAGUGCGACGAGGGCUACGAACUGGAGGACGACUACUACACGUGCAGGGCACUCGAGGACGAGGAGGACGUCGUCGAGCCGACGCCCGCCAACCCCCACGAGCCCACCGAGCCCUCCACGCUGGACCCGGCGCAGGCCGACCCCUCCUGGUCGCCUGCCGUGCCCGACUGGCUGAUUGACCCCACGCCCCUGGAGUGGCUCACCGAGCAGCCCAACUUCCAGUGGCUUCCCACCGACAUCAGCUGGUUCCCCGAGGGCGCGUCGGACGAGGGAACCACGCAGGACACGCCGCACGGAGUCGAGCGGGACAACCACCACCACGGCCUGACCUUUGACCUCCAAGAGGAAAACACACACCUUGGCUCAGACACACCCAGACAACAGCCAGGGCGGGGUCAGGGAGAGGGUGCGUUUGUGGACACAGACGACCACCUGUUGCCCCGCAUGACCGAGGAGGAGGUCCUCGUGCACCUCUUUGACGAGGGCGAUGUGGGUGUAGUAGGUGGCGGCGAAAAGGUGUCAUCCCCUUCCUCCUCCUCAUCACCACCACCAUCACCACAACUGCCACCAUCGCAGGAUUCAGAGCGAAAUGCAGACCGAGAUUCGGGGUCUGCCAGUGGUGGCAGUGCCAGUGCCAGUGGUGGCAGUGAGUCAUCAGAGGAUCAGAGGCCCCCGGCGGGCGGCAAGCGGCGGCACGACAAGAGCUGGCUGCUGGUGGCGCUGCUGGUGCCGCUGUGCGUGUUCACGGUGGUGAUGCUGGCUCUGGGCAUCGUAUACUGCACCAGCUGCGCCGUGGAGCCCCGCAGCAGCAAGCGCACCAAAGACUGCUACCGCUGGUUCACCGCCUCCAAACCACCAGCAGAGGCCACCAACAAUGGCAAGUCACGAGCUUGAUGCGAGGCCAGGAGAGGUGAAACCCCCACCCGCCCCAAACUCCACUCCCUCCCACCAACAAUGGCAAGCCUGAGUUGAGGCCAGGAGAAGCGACCCACCCCCCGCCCCAAACUCCCUUCCCCGAUAGACUGACUUCUUGCGCAUAAUUAACAGUCCAAUAACGGAUGGAUGGAGAUGCAGGGUUUAUGCAAACGGAUUUUCCACACACAUACCUACACACAAACACAUGCGGUGCUCUUUAGCCAUUUUUUCCCAACUAAUGACACCGUCUGAUAUGAAAAACAAAACAAAAUCCUGUGGAAAUCUGUGGUGGAGAGAGGAAAAGACUCUAUCCCUGACUAUUGUUCUUGUAGGCUACUUUUGUAAUUCGUAUAAUUAGAAUACAUUCUUUUCAAAAAUGAUUUUAUUAUUUUUCUCUGUACAAUGUACAGGGCCCAAAUGAGUGACUUACUAUGCAUAUUUCAGUGGAGGGACUAUUGAAAACAAAGCCCCCCAUGUUUAAUUGUAGUGGUGUAAAGUGAAAAAAAACUCAAUAUUGAUUCAUUGUGAGGUAAAAUUUCUCUUUAGAAUACUACUUCAGAUGAAGAUGUACUAUGUGUACUUUCCAUGAUGUUUAGUUCAGCUAGGCCUGUACCAUGCCCUACUUUCAACAACUAAAAAACUAGUGCGGUACAGUAACUCUACCUUUAAUUAACUGUCAACUGUCAUUGUUUUCAUGUCUGAACUAAAAUACAGAGAAAAGAAAAGUAAUAUAGAUAUUUUAAUUGGAUAGUUAGUUUUUUCUUAGAAACUUGAAGUAUGGAACGUUGGCGCCCUCUAGCAUUUGUAGAUUGGUAGUGCUCACAAACGUUGGGGCGCAUGGUUAACUUCUAUGAAAAAAAUUGUGAGAGUUAACGAAUCAAAAGGGGUCCUACCCUUUGGUAAAAUGUCAUGUUUUUUAGACCCAUGGUACUAACAAUACAUUAUACCAUCAAGAAAUAUAUUUUUUCAGCAUGAAAAAAAACUAUUUGCCAUCUUGUGAAAAACUGGAAAAUAACAUUUUAUAAAAACCAAAACACUGUCUUUUGUUUAUUUUUUCCAUCUCAACUUCUUACAAAAAAGUGUAAACGUUAGUGUCACACAACACUGGAUGUGUAGGCCCUACCACAAUGCGAAGAAGUGAAACCCGAUACCGAGGACUCACAACCUACAAAACUUUCCAUAUUCCCUCCCUCUGGCAAAGCAUGAACUCUUUUCUUCGCGGAGACCACAUUUUCAGAACUAUUCUGUACUUUCAUCUUUCAGGUGUCACUUAUGUCUUAAAUGAUCUCUGUUUUGCUUUAAAUUGUGUUGAAAUAUAAACUGGAGAAAGAAAUAUGAAGCUGGUGUGAGACUGAAAAAGCACUACACAAGAAGUUACUCUAGCAAACCAAAAAAAGGAUGUGGGGCCCUCUAUUUCACCGGUCAGUUUGAAGAGCAUUGAGGGUCACUGGCUUCAACCUAAGCUGACCUCCAUCGCAAAUCUGAGGCCCUUUCUGAAUUUGGCUGAUGGUUAAAAACUGUUGUGUCUUAUUUAAAACCAUUAAACUUUUUUAGGGUUGAAGAUAGUUUCUCUAUUUCAGAUGUUUCAUUUCUCAACUUUACUUGCUGAGGCUGUUUAGCGUUGUGCAAGCUGCUUCUAGCAAGUCUGCCAAUUCAUUGUCAAAAGGAGUUUACAUUUUUACGAGUGGGGAGACCUGGGCAGGAAAGCCGACAGAACAGGACAAAGUGGUCAGUUGUCCUGGGCCCAGGAAGAGAUGGGGCCCCAAAAAUGGAUUUUCAUAACAUUGUAUGUAUUGCAUGGAAGGCCCUUUCAGAAGAUUUUGUCCUGCAUGGGCUCGGAUGCGGCCCUGGAGUUGGGUGAGACCGGCAUGGCCUUCAGAGGGGAGAUGGGGGAAAUUGUCUGCUGGGUGACACUGGCAGGGCUUUUAAAGGGAUACUGUGUGAGAUUUUUAGUUGUUUAUUUCCAGUAUCCAUGCUGCCCAUUCACUAAUGUUACCUUUUUCAUGAAUACUUACCACCAGCAUCAAAUUCUAAGUAUUCAUUAUGACUGGAAAAAUUGCACUUUUCAUACAUACUUCUCCAUGGUCCGCCAUUUUGAAUUUCCAAAAAUAGCCAUUUUUAGCUGCAAAAAUGACU